CUAGAAGGCACUUAAUUCCAUGUACUAUCUAGAGAUGUUUGUUCUUCUCUUGACAAGGGCAAAAUAAAGUCGCUUGGCAGGAAGCGGGGGAAUCAUUAUUGUUGACUUAUUGCACUAUUCCUGGGUCAGCUCAUUUUUCCUUACUUCGCAACCUGAAGAAAUCUACUAAGCAUGGCACCAAAUCCUGGCAAUAGUCAUGUCGCAGUGGCAGCUACGACGAGUUCAGAAGAUGAACCUGUACAGGAUUCUGGCAACUUUCUGUCUCUCAAGUGGGCCAUUGGUGAAAAAUGGUCUUGUCGUUCAAACUAUUCCGGGGCCCUUCUUUUCAAUAUCGGUGCAUUUAUUCUCCCAGCAUUGUAUAACACGCUUGUUAAGAUCUGGGUUGCCAAUAUCGAUACCUCCCUCGUUGUUACAACUGACGUCUACACAUACAUUGGUACCAUCGCAGAGGUCUUAAACGAGGGCCUUCCUCGCGCUGUGUGGGUGACCAUUGCGGACAAAGAGGCGCGAUCAUUCCAGUCCCGCCUGGGGCUAGCACAUACUCUGAUAAUAUUCCAAGCCAUCCUCGGAACAAUCAUGAGUCUUAUAUUCGCAGGUGCAGCAAAGGCAUUUUCAGCAACCUUUGUCCCACACGCUGUCCAGGAGGCCAGUGUCACAUAUGUCCGGAUUAGCGCCUUCUCAGCUUUGAGCUCGGCUCUUGAAGUUGCGGUUUCCAGCGCCACGAGAGCCCUUGAUAAGCCAGAUGUACCCCUUCUGAUCAGCUCUGUCAAAGUGGUUGUGAAUAUCGCCCUAGAUCUCAUGAUCAUCUCUAAAUUCCAUGUCGGCGGUUGGACUCCAGACAUCAACAUGCAAGCUGGGAUCCGUCUAAGCUGUGAUAUGAUUGCGGCAGUUUCUGGGCUACUAUACUUCUCCAUUUCCACCAGCACUGGGAGAAGCCGCGGUGGCAGGCAGAGUCAUAGUGAACCACCCAGCUUACAGGCCUUUUUUGUGCUUUUCAAGCCAGGUUUUAUCACCUUCAUUGAAUCAGCGGUUCGAAAUGCAUUGUACCUUUGGGUUGUGGCUGGAGUUGUUGCCAUGUCAGCGGAUUAUGCAACUGCCUGGGGCGUCUUCACAACUAUUCGGUGGGGUCUGGUGAUGGUUCCAGUUCAGGCCCUGGAGGCUACCUCGCUGGCCUUUGUAGGACAUUACUGGGGGGAGUUGAAGCAUAUGAGUAACCAAGAACGCCGGUCCUGGAAGAUCCUCUUCAUAACCACACGACCUGCAAUUCUGUCCGUGGUGAUAGCUACAGCCAUCGAAAUCCCUCUAUUUAUCUUCCUGGCAACAUUCGGCUGCAAACCUUUUGCAUUAUUCCUGUCCCAAUCAGAAGCUGUUGCUGAGAUCACUGCGCAUAUGUGGCAAACAAUAGACUGGUGCUAUAUAUUAUAUGCCAUAUCUACUCAGCUCGCAACCAUAUUGCUAGCCACUCGCCCAUUGUGGUAUCUGGGACAGUCCCUUGUUUCGAAUUUAUUAUAUGUACUUCCUUGGGCCAUCGUUUGCCAGGUGGUUGAUCUCAAUCCAGCAAAUGCAUGGACGUACCAUAGUCUGGUUUUCGGAGGAAGCUUGGUAUUUUCCUUUGUGGAAAUUUUGUUCAUCGAUAUGUUAUGGGGUUGGAGACUCCUGCGUGGAAGGUUGCAUACGGAUUCUGUUUGAUGCUAAUAAGCCGUCUCAAUCUUUCCAAUGGAGAAACGAAUGAGUGCUUCUUCUGAAUAUCGGUUGUAGUGAAGGAAUGCCAGAACACUUAACCAGAUGCUCCACAAUCCAAGACAUUUUGAUUCGGGAACUCGGACACAAAACCCGGAG